AUGUCCACAUCCACAUCCACCGGCGGAGGAAAGGUAGACAUCCAACACUUCGAGCGUCGUACCGGAUCUGGAGUCGAAGAUCUAGACGCUCAUCAACAAUAUGUCCUCGCGCGCCAUGGACGGCUCGACCUCAUGCCCGUCCCUUCAGCGGACCCGCAUGAUCCACUCAACUGGCCGGCAUGGAAGAAGAACACAUUGCUUGUCUUGGUCUCGUUUCACGCGAUGAUGGCCAUAUCUGCCGCCUCGGCUGUGAUCCCGGCUUUCUUUCUGUUUGUCGAGGAUUUCGGAAUCACCAUCACGCAGGCAUCAUACCUCGUCUCAGUCCAGAUCAUCUUCAUUGGACUCGCGCCGUUCAUUUGGACGCCCAUUGCGGAUAGAUAUGGACGUCGUCCGGUCUUCCUCGUAUCCACUCUCGUUUCUGCCAUCGUCGCACUGUGCGGCGCAUUCUGCAAAACCUACGGAACUCUCGUCUUGACACGCUGCAUCCAGGCAACCUUUCUCGCUACCGCCGUCGCGAUCGGUGCGGGUACCGUGGCAGAGAUGUUCUUUGCCCAUGAACGUGGUCGGAAGAUGGGUGUUUGGACCUUGCUGGUGACGAUUGGUGCGCCUAUCGCUCCCCUCACGACAGCGUACAUGGUCCAAGACAAAGGCUGGCAUUGGAUUUUCUAUCUCCUCGCCAUUAUCAACCUCGCCCAAUUCUUUGCCUAUCUCGUCUUCUGUCCCGAGACGCUCUAUAUCCGCGCACCUGUGGGCACAAACUACGUCGAACCCGCACAAAAAGUCUCUACAUUCGACCAAUACUUCAGAAUCCGCCGGAUCAACCCCAAACCUUUCAACUUCAUCGACUUCAUCCGUCCCUUCCGAAAUGGUCUCCGUCUCUGCGUGUUGCUUCCCGCGCUCGCCUACGCCAUCACAUUCACCUACACGGGAGUCGUAUUCACCGUCCUCGUUCCCCAAGUCUUCGGUGAGAAGUUCCAUCUGAACGAAGGCCAAAUUGGGCUUCAAUUCAUUUCGUUGGUUGUGGGUGCGAUUAUCGGUGAACAACUCGCUGGUCCUUUCUCGGAUUGGGUCGUUAAAUAUAGAUCGAGGACACGGACUCGGACGCCUGAGAUGAGGCUGAUUGCUGCGUACCCUGGGUUUGCGGCAGCUAUUGCUGGGAUUGUUGCGUGGGGUGUUACAUUGGAUCAAGCCGCCCCCGGGCACUGGACGAUUAAACCAGAUAUUGCGUCCGCGGUGGCAAUGGGCGGGUUACAAAUUGUCACGACAGUUUGUACGACAUACGCAGUCGAGUGCUAUCGUGAUGAAGCACCCCAAGUCUCGGCGUUCCUUACCUUCACCAGGCAAUUGUAUGCGUUUAUUGCGCCAUUUUAUUUUACGCCAGCCAUUGAGAAUAUGGGGGUUGCGGGCAUGGCGGGGUUGUUUGGGGGGUUGACUGGACUUGCCGCGGUGAUGGUGCUUGCUUGCGAUAUCAUGGGGGUGAGGUGGAGAAGUGGGGAAGCGAGGGAUGAGCGGGAGUUGAGAGGAGUGGAGAUGGAGAUGAGGAGGGUUGAAGGAGAUCCGGAGGCGACGGAGGAGAAGGGGCCCCAAGUCUGA